AUGAUUUUCAGGUGUCCAGGCCCUCCAUGCGAUCGCGGCCCGUAUUGUUGGCAAGAUGGUGCAACGAAGAAGCAUUACAGACUACUUGGUCACCAUCUCAGAGGCAUUGUUAAAUCCAUUCAACAAGGUGGAAGAAUAGAGUCUCACAGCGAUGUUCCUGACGACAUUCGUAAGCAGCUAUAUGCCGAGGAGCAACAGCAUUCAGACCGUAAGCGGAAGAGACGAAAUUCAGACUCAAGGCCUACAGACCAUGUCCCAGUCGUCGUCAAUAACUAUAUCCCACCGACUUCUGGUCAGGCUGUGACGUAUAACACUAACGAGACUAUGCGGAUAAUUCACGGAGACCGAUCGCCUCAGCUUGUAGUUCCUGGAUAUCGCGAGGAAGCAGUUGAGGCGUACUAUGAAUGGCAUUGCUCUCAGGUCAGGAGCCAAAAACAAAAGCAAAGUUACAAAAUGGCUCGUGAUCUCACAUUAGAUCGGGCUUUGGACUUGGAACAUGUUUAUAUAGACAGCGAUGCACAGUUCUACAUAGACCAUGGAGUUUUGGAAGGCGUCGCGCGACGGUUUGUAACGGACGUGAAAGUAUUUCUUGAUCAAUAUGAUGCAUCAUAG